AUGACCAAGGCGUUGUCCCGCGUGACGGCGUUAGCAGUGACUCCCCGCGAGCAAGUCACCCCGCAGGCCUGUGAGUCCUUCCAUGGCUCCUUGGUCCGCCAGCAAGUCCGCUUCUGCAAGGACAACCCGGACUUCAUGGACUCCGUCAAGCGCGGCGCCAUCUGGGCCAUCGACGAGUGCCAGUUCCAGUUCCGGACGCGGCGAUGGAACUGCUCCACGCUCAACGACGAGACGAUCAAAGAGUACAAGAAGAGGAUGAAGCCCAAGAACACGCCAGAGACGGUGAUGGUGAGCAACAAGACGGAGCGCGCGGUGCCUGUGACGAGCCCCCCCGAGGCCCUCCAGUCCGUCAAGCCCAACUCGGCGUCGGCGAGAGACGCCUCCCCGCUCCCGAGGACCUCCGCCAGGCGACGCAGAGGCAAGAAGCGCAAAAAAUCCAAAGGCAAGCGCAAGACCGGGGUCGUCGGCUUGUACCCCAUUGUACCCCAAGGUGUUGUUCUCCGCGCAGGUACCCGCGAGGCGGCCUUCGUCCACGCCAUCUCGUCGGCGGGGGUCGCGCACGCCAUCACCCGCCGCUGCUCCUCCGGGGAGCUCGACGUGUGCGGCUGCGACCGGUCCGUGCGAGGCGUCACUCCGCACGGCUUCCAGUGGUCCGGCUGCUCCGACAACAUCGCCUACGGCGUCUCGCUCUCCAAGAGGUUCGUGGCGCGACCACGGAAGUUGGUGCAGCGGAACAAGGCCCGGGGCAAGAAAGUGAGCAGUCGAGCCCUCAUGAAUCUGCAUAACAAUGAGGCUGGCCGUAAGUAUUACCAACGACAGACGGUACCUGUGCACCAUAGAAUGACAUUCGAGGGGAAUGUUUCAUAG